GUUGGCCCCUUGCAAACAACCCUCGCAAAGUUGAGACCGUGUCGCGCGACGCGUUUCCGUCCAACGGUGCACGUCUCGACAAUGUCCUACAAGGAGGCAGUCCGUCUUGCCGCCACGCGGUUUAAAAACAUCAAGUAUGUGCCCGCCGCCGAGGUCCAGCUGCAGCCUGGCCGGCUCGACCUCACCAAGGUCAGGCGGUGGGUGAAGGCCCUGGGUCUUGAGGUGCGCAUCUCUGCCGUCGGCGAACCUUGUCCCCGCGAGUGCCAUUGCCUGACUUGACGUCGGUGCCCCCGACUAUGGGCUGCAGCGGACGUCUUUCGAUGUAAUCCACGUCACCGGCACCAAGGGCAAGGGCAACACGUGUGCGUGGACCCAGGCCCUCCUGCAGUCCUACUUCCGCUCCAACUCCAUCGCCGCCAGGGUCGGCCGCUAUACCUCGCCGCACCUCACCACGCCGCGCGAGCGCAUGGUGAUCGGCUCGUCCUUGGUGUCGGAGGCGGUUUAUGCCGACCGCUUCUUCCACGUCUGGAACACCAUCCUCGCCGAUGUUGGCGGCAAGGAAGAUGAAAUGCCAGGUUUCCUGCAGCUCAUGGCUCUCCUCUCGGCUGAUGUCUUUGCGCAUGAGAAGGUCGACGUAGUCGUCUACGAGGUCCAUGCUGGCGGACGUGUCGACGCUACCAACAUGUGGGACGACAGGACCAUGGUGUGCGGCUUCAACACUAUCGGCCUCGAUCACGUUCCGCUUCUGGGCAACAACGUCGCCGAGAUCGCUCGGAACAAGGCGGGAAUCAUGAAGCCCGGCUGUCGCGCCUUCUCGGUUCCGCAGCUGCCCGAGGCUCGUGAGCAGUUAGAGGCCGAGGCGGCCCAUCUGGGAUGCCCCAUCACAUUCCUCGACCCUACUUAUGCGCAAGUCCCCACGGACCGGACUGAUAGGGCUGCCCUCCAGCUCCCGGCUCUGCGCGGGAAUCUUGCACUGUCCAUCGAGCUCGCCAACGCCUACUUGGAGUCUCGCUUCGAAGGGAGGCUGAGCGACGACGAUAUUGCCGAGACGAUGCGUACGUACCAGCUUCCAGGGCGCAUGCAGGUAGUCGAGGAGCCCGAAUCCCAAACCCGAUGGUACCUUGACAUUGCGCACAACGACAUCAGUAUCCCAGUGGCGCUUGACUGGUUCAUCUCCGAGGUGCGCAAGUUCGACGGCGAGGCCAGUCCGCGGCCUCGCCGCACCAGAACCCUGGUGUUUGGUCAGGCAUCCAAGCACCGCGACGCGGUGAAUCUCAUCAACGUGUUCGCACGUCACUGCCGUGCACGAGACAUCACCUUCGACCGCAUAAUCCUUUCAGCCCAUGCGAAUAUCAUCACGGGCAAGCCCAUGUUUGCGCCCGAAUCUGCCGAGGAGAUUGCUCCCUUGUGGAGAGAACUGGCGCCCGUCGAGAUCUCGCCAUCGAUUCAUGAGGCCUUGCGGUCAGCUCAAACAACAGACAAUUCGGAUGGGUCACAUGUCCUUGUUGUCGGUUCCUCGCACCUUGUGUCGUCUGCUCUGAAGAGCAUGCAAGACAAGGAGGGAUCCCCAGCCUGAACAGGCUACACUCUUUGGGAAAUGAGUUUUUGACUUGGUGAAUGCCGUCACUUCGCGUCUAUAAUUCUCGAGAAGCAGAUGAACUUGGCCCAGGGGAUGAGCUGCAUUCGCACUUGCCGGGAAUUCUAGUGAGCUUGGGUUGGGUUGGUGUAGGGGCUCCUUCACUGUCACGAUGCCGACUUGGAAUAUCUCCCAGGCCUUUGGCUGGCUGAAGCGCUUGGGCUAACGGAUCGACACUUCAGCGCUAAAGUGCGUUUGGCAGGAGUCGUCCAGAUGGCUUCCAGGCGAAUCUUUACUGUUCACAUGGUCACACAGCGGCGUUGAAUCUUGCCGAGCAGCUGAUGAUGCUAUCCUCGCCUCGUAGCCCCUCUCGGUUGAAAAUCACUAGAAUAGCAACUGCAGACUCUCCGUUUCCAGCUCCGGUUAGCUGUGAC